CGACCCAGCAUGGGCUCCAGGCUCCUCUGCUGGGCAACCCUCUGCCUCCUGGGGGCAGAACACUCAGAAGCUGGAGUUGUCCAGACCCCCAGACAUAAGAUUACUGAGGUCAGACAGUCCGUGGCACUGUGGUGUGAUCCUGUUUCUAGCCACAAUACCCUUUAUUGGUACCGACAGAUGCCGGGACAGGGCCCCGAGCUCCUGGUUAACUUUCAGAAUGAGGCUGUGCUGGACGAUGCACAGUUGCCUAAGAACCGAUUUUCUGCAGAGAGGCUCAAAGGAGCAGACUCCACCCUGAGGAUCCAGGCGGCAGAGCCGGGGGACUCGGCCGUGUACCUCUGUGCCAGCAGCUUAGCCACAGUGUGGCAGAGACACAUCCUUCCUGUGCACAAAAUGAGUGCUUCUCUCCGCUCAGCCCACAGGAGGAACACAGAUGCUGACAUCAUCCAGUCCCCAAGGCAUAAGAUCACAAAGACAGGAGGGUACGUGACCCUGCAAUGCACCCCGGACAUAAACAACGACUACAUGUAUUGGUACCUACAAGACCCGGCACUGGGGAUGCAGCUGAUGCACUACUCUGCUGGUGUUGGUGAAACCUACAAAGGUGACAUCCCCAGCCUUGGCUUGCAGAUGUCUCGAAUGAUGACCGAGAAUGAAGGAUUGAAGACCAGCCCUUUCUCCUCUAUCGCUGCAAAGAUGGACUUCGGCUUGGGGCUGAAGCCGCUGAUUUUCUUCCAGAACCAGGCCAUUAUAGAGCAGGUGGAGAAGCUCAAGGACUGA